AUGCCUGACAACGUGGAUUGCCGGAUCCGCCGCAGGUGCAGAGAGCAGCAACGACGUCUGGAUGCAGGUCACGAAGAAGUGGACUGGCGACUUUUCCAAGUACCAAAAGAUGUAUCGCGAGUGGUUUCCACAGGCUCCGGGCGACCGGCGCUUCCUCUGUACGGCGGAGCAUAUGCAGACCCGCGGGAUCUUCCCGCUGCCCAGCUUCGUGGCGCCUAUCGCCGUCCCGAGUCAGAUCUCCGCAGAAGGCGAAUUGCUCCACUGGAUCAACAACAUCACCUUCGUCUCGCCGCCCAAGCAAAUGCGCGACGGAAAAAUCGCCCCGGUGGCAGGUUCCCUCGACGAUCCUCACCACCCGGAAAGGCGGCGUCAACGACCACGCCGUCCUCCUCUGCUGCUGCCUCCUCGGCUUGGACUACGACGCCUACGUCUGCAAAGGGGGCUGGGUUAAUGAUGUGGGAAGUCACGACGAAGAAGCGAUACAACCUGCCGUACAGGUGGGGAUAUCCGUCUAAGGGGCCGCCGAAGGGGUUCGCGGCGAAAUAUGAGCAGCAAAUCAACGAGAACGCCGAGAAAUUCUGGGAAGGGAUGUAUCUGCAAGAGUGGUACGAGUGGUCGCUGCACCAGGGGCAGCUUGCGCAGGCGGAGGCGAUUGCCAACGCGAACGCGGUUCCAGACGUUGAGCUUUACGGCGACGAGUUUGUUUCCGACGAGGUCGUCGACCCGGAGAUGGUCUUAAUGGAGGAAACGGAAAAUUUUUGA